UGGUGCUAAAGAAAAAAAAACUUCUAAAUCUAUGUUUGAGAAAUUAGCAGAGGAAAUAAAAAAUGCUUAUAACAAGUCUGGAGAAGCUUUUAAGAAAAAAGAAAACAUUCAGAAAGAAGCUAUGGGAUGUAAGUUUGGUGAAUUUGCUCCGACCCGUAAACGUGGUAAACACGGAAAAGCUGCUUUUUUGCCGAAGAAAGGAGGACGAAUUCUUUACAAGUUAUUGCAAGGAGCAGCCAAAAGUUUAGUGAAGAAAAAGGAAAAGACAAGUGAUUUCUAUUUGGAUAAGGUUGAGAAAGCUAGUCCUUAUGCAAUUCGCGUUGGUUAUAAUCAAGUUUGGAAUAACUGUUAUUUUUCAGAAGGAAAGAGAGAUCGAAUUAAUUGGUUAGAGAGAGAUAAAUUAAUUCGAGAUUAUUUUAGUUCAGCACUUCCUAAUACAGUGAGGUUAAGGGCUGAGUAUAGUACUAAUAGUAUUUUUCUUUAUCUUUACAUUUCUGAACUCAGUCUAGUAUUAGGAGAAAAUAACGAAAGAUUAAACAAGAUAAUAAAAAAUGUUUACAAAAUAAUUAAUGAUGACAAGGUAGCAGUUAAAAUAAAUCUUAUUGAAAUAAAAAAAACUUAUGCUCAUGCUCAGUCAAUAGCUAAUUUAAUUGCUGGACAGUUACAGAAGCGAAUUUUUUCGGGAAUGGUAUUGAGGAAUGUAUUAAAUAAGAUAUCUCUUGAAAAAGGCGAAGUAAAAGGAGUAAAAAUUAAGUUAAAGGGUUUAAUGGAUAAUUCUAAGAUUGCUCAAACUAAGAAAGUAACUCAAAAUAAAAUGCCUUUAAGUGAGAUUGAUAGCAAUAUUGAUGAAGGAAAAAAAGUAGCGGUUACUGUUCGGGGAACGAUUGGUAUCAAAUAUGAAGGUCAUGCCAAAGGAAAUCAAGAAGUUAAUUUUGGCGAUUAUGGCUUGCAAGCUCAAGAAGGUACUUAUAUCAGUAACCGGGCUAUCGAAGCGGGACGAAAGGUAAUUAGUCCCUUCGUAAAAAAAACUGGCAAAAUGUGGAUUAGGAUUUUUCCUCACUUAGCGGUAGUCAAGGCAGGAACGAUAGUUUUCGAAGUGCAAGGCUUACCCAAAGAUACGGCCUAUAAAGUCUUAAAACAAGCUAGUCAUAAAUUGCCUAAAAAUAAUGGCGAAGCUAAGGUUAAAUAUAAAGUAGUUGAAAGAAAUGAAUAA